GUUUCCAUUCUGCGCGAGCCGGCGGACGCGGGCCUGGCGCGAAGCCCAUGUGUGCGGAGGCAGUGGAGCCUCACGCGUCCUCUCCGAGCGCUCACGACUGCUUUCCCGCCGUCUGCGGCUCCAGGCUCCUCCCCAGCAGCCCUGUCCCCCCGGCCGGGGAGGUGCUGGCGGGGGCCGCUGGAGGCGUGGGAAAGGAAGGGCCGCGCGGUGCGGGCGGGCGCGGAGGCCCCGGGAUGGCCCCUGUCCGUUCGGCCCAGACACCGGCGCGCGGCGAGAGUGAGAGCCCGGCGGAGACCCAGUCCCUGCCCCUGAGCCCCCAGCAGCCAAGCCGAGACACACACGGCAGGAGGAAAUCUGACCUGAGAGACAGAACAGGAAGGAAGCAGACUUUGCCACCAAUGUCAGAGCUGGACAAUGGCUGGCCCCACCGAGAGGAUAGUCCCAUGUCCAGGCGGCCAGGCCCACCGGCCAAUUGGGACAGUGACUCGGACCACCUACCAGGACGUGAGGCCGAGGACCCUUCCAGUGGGGCGGUAAGAGUGGAUCCUGCAGUUCUGAGCUCUGGUCCCCAGCGCCUGGACGCCAUCCACGCCCCCGGCUGGCCUGAGCUUCAGACCCUCCUGCGGCAGCUCCCUCCACAAGACAGCCAUGAGCGCUAUUGCCUGGCCCUUGCAGAGGAGGAGCGUGCUGAGCUGCAGCUCUUCUGUGCUCAGAGGAAGCAGGAGGCCCUGGGACAGGGGGUGGCGCGCCCAGUCUCUCCGUGGCUCGAAGGCCACACCUGUGAGAAGUGCAGGCAGCCGCUGAAGCCAGGCGAGUACGGAGUGUUCGCAGCUCGGGCAGGGGAGCAGCACUGCUGGCACCGGUCUUGCUUUACCUGCCAGGCCUGUGGCCAGACCUUGGUAAGCCUCAUCUACUUCUACCGCGAUGGGCAUCUCUACUGUGGCCGUCAUCACGCCGAAUUGCUGCGGCCGCGCUGCCCAGCUUGUGACCAGCUGAUCUUCUCCCCGCGCUGCACCGAGGCGGAGGGACGGCGCUGGCACGAGAACCACUUCUGCUGCCAGGACUGCGCCGGGCCCCUGGGUGGAGGCCGUUAUGCCCUGCCGGGGGGCAGCCCCUGCUGCCCCAGCUGUUUCGAGAGCCGCUACUCGGACGCGUGCUCGAGCUCGGCCGGGGCGCUGGAAGGGCGGGCGACCCUUGGGGAAGAGGGACCCAAACGAACUGAACGCAAGGAUCGCUCCUCGAUGAACACCAACAGUGCAGCCCUUCUCGCCGCAGCCGCCAGCUCCAGCCUGGAAACCCAGCAGGGGCAGGAGUGCCGAGCUGGGGCCGAGGCAGAGGGACCCAGGAAGCGGGAACAAGGCCAUCUAGAGACGCCCCCUGAUCCGAGGGAGGAUGUCCCCUGCUCCACCUGCUCCUCCUCCUCUGACUCUGAACCCGAAGGCUUUUUCUUGGGCCAGCCUCUUCCCCGGUCCCGGAAGACCCCUGGAAGCCCCCAAGCAGGGGACAGAGCCACCUCCAGGAAGCACUGCACCAUUUGCUAGUGGCACAGACCGGAGACGGCGGGGAAUAGGGUGGGAGGGAUCUUGUGAGGCGAGAGCACCAGGCGCUCCUCCCCUUACAAAACUCCUAAGAUGAAAGCAAUCGGGGCCGAGCCUGGGAGUUACAAACUGCGACCCCUUUUAGCACAGCGCGUUCUACGACUUUGGAUGGAGACUUUCUUGGAAACCCCAUUCCCCAAGGCUACGCUUUCCGGGCAGAGCCGGCCCCUACCCCACCCCCGCGGGCUGGGACAGCCCAGCAUCCUCCUCUGGAGCCAUUGAAAUGAU